UUACCACAAACAAACGAAAGUGCUACAGUGUCCUAAAAAAUUUCGUUGAGGAAGUAAACAAGGCCUAAGCAUUUUCUAUUCGUAGGAGAAUUGACGGUGCAUGUUAUUAUUUUUUUUAUUAUUAUUGUACAGUAGUAUUUUUCUAGUACACUAGCAUGUUUACAUGUAUGUAGCCAUGUAGGUGAGGCUAACAAGCAAAGCUCCCACUCCCUUUUUGUCUUGUUCUACCCGACGCUGCGUUCCACAGGGCAUCGGCCUCCUGGAUUAUUUUUUUUUUUAAAAAAAAGAUCUGCGUGCAGGUUUUGGCUUCCCUGUUGUCGGGCUGGCCUCUUAAAAUCCACGACCCACCCUCACACCCGUUCCGUUUUGGACGGCAUCUUUUCCGCCCCGUUCUCCACUCCCCCAAGCCGAUCACACUCGCCCCACUCAAAGCAAGCAGCAGCCCGGGGGAAGGCUCGCAGGCAGCGCGGAGGAAUGGCGACCAAGCCGGUCACCGUCGGCGACCUCAUCCACCGCGUCACCACCUCCUGCCUCUCCAACCGCCUGCCCUGCAACUACACCCUCCGGGACUCCGUCGACAGCGACCUGGACGACGACGACGACGACCCCUUCGCCGACGCCGUCUCUAGCAGCGAGAAAUGCCGGCGAUCCCCGUCCGCUGCGGAGGCGGAGGAAAUCGAGGAAGAGGAGGGGGACGAGGAGGAGGAGAAGCUCAAGAUCUGGGAGGAAGGGGAGCAGGAGAAGGAGAGGGUGGCGGCCGCGGCCAAGGGCGCCGAGCGCGCCCGCGACGCGGACGCGCUGAUGGCGGAGGUGUUCGACGCCGUCUCCGGGGUGCGCCGCGCCUACGCCGCACUCCAGGGCGCGCACUGCCCCUGGGACCCCGACAAGAUGCGCGCGGCGGACGCGGCCGUCGUCGCCGAGCUCCGCCACCUCGCGCGCCUCCGCGACCGCUUCCGCCGCUCCGCCGCCGCGGGCCACAUCCCUCGCCCGAACCCCUCCGCGCCGCCCCUCCGCGAGGCCGUGGCGCCGUACGAGGCGGCGCUCGACGACCUCCAGCGCCAGCUCCAGUCCAAGCAGGCCGAGGUGGACGGGCUCAAGGAGAAGCUCGCGGCGGCCACCAGCCGCCGCAACGGGCGCCACCACCACCACCCCCUCUCCAAGCAGAACGGCCCCGGGGGCGUGCCGACGGCGGAGCUGUUCACCUCCUGCGCCGAGCAGGCCCGUGCGGCGACGCGGGCGUUCGCGGGGCACCUCGCGCACCUGAUGCGCGAGGCGGGGCUGGAGCUCGUGGCGGCCACCCGGUCGCUCACCAAGAUCCCGGUGUCCUCCCCGCAGCUGGCCAAGCACGCGCUGGAGGCGCACGUCACGCGCGCCCUUCUCGGCGGCUUCGAGCACGAGUCCUUCUACCUGGACGGCUCCCUCUCGUCGCUGCUGGACCCCGCCUCGUUCCGGCGGGAGCGGUACGUGCAGUUCCGCGACAUGCGCGGGAUGGAGCCCGCGGAGCUGCUGGGCGUGCUCCCGACCUGCGCCUUCGGCCGUUACGCCGCCGCCAAGUUCACGGCGCUCCUGCCGCCGCGCGUGGAGGAGGCCGUCCUGGGCGACGGCGAGCACCGGAGGGUAGUCAACGGCGGCGCGCACCCGCGGACGCCCUUCUACGGGGAGUUCCUGCGCGCGGCCAAGGCCGUGUGGUUGCUGCACCUGCUGGCCUUCGCGCUGGAGCCGCCGCCCAGCCACUUCGAGGCCGGCCGCGGCGCGGAGUUCCACCAGGAGUACAUGGAGAGCGUGACCGGUGCGCCCCCGCACGCCGGCGCAGGAAUGGUCGUCGGGUUCGCGGUCACGCCGGGGUUCCGGCUGGGGAACGGCGCUGUCGUGCGCGCCCGGGUCUACCUGGUGCCGCGUGGUGGCCGACCGUGACAGACCGAUGCAUGGCGCGGCGCAACGGUCCACGGACCACGGAUCACCCCCUCCGACAGAGUUGUUGGUGGGUGCCAAUGCGCCAUGCUGGAGCUGGAGCUGGACCUGGAGUAGCUGCUGCAUCUCAUUGGUGAAGAACAGUCAUAGCGGUAGUAGCGCUGUGCUGGUGCCUCUGUAGAUUUUCUUUUCACUUCUGCUGGUUAAUCUGGAUUGUCCUUCACUCUCAAGUAAAGUAAUCACCCAUGUGUAAGAGGACUUUUGAAUUGAAUUCUCGUAUCAUCAUCGUUGGGUAAUCAUCUGUUCA